GUGAUGGGACUCGGAUCGCUAACGGCCAGGAGAAAUAUAGUGGAAAAUGCAAAACAACGAAAUUAUAAAACCCGCCAAAUACUUCUCAGAAUUAGAAAAGAGCAUCUUGCUUGCUUUAGUGGAAAAGUACAAAUAUGUGCUUGAAUGUAAAAAAAGUGAUGCGCGAACUAUUGCACUCAAGCAACGUACCUGGCAAGCACUUGCCCACGAAUACAACUCUCAGCCAAGCGUAUCGCUGCGGGAUUUCAAACAGCUGAAGAAGUGCUGGGAAAACAUCAAGGCUCGGACCAAAAAAAUCAUGGCCCAUGAAAGGAGAGAGAAAGUGAAGCGGAGCGUCAGCCCGCUGCUGAGCACACACGUCCUCGGGAAGGAGAAAAUCGCCACCAUGCUGCCCGAGCAACUCUACUUCCUGCAGAGCCCUCCUGAAGAGGAGCCCGAAUACCACCCGGAUGCUGCCGCCCAAGAGUCAUUUGCUGUUUCAAAUAGAGAACUGUGCGAUGAUGAGAAAGAGUUCAUACAUUUUCCAGUAUGUGAGGGGACCUCUCAACCUGAACCCUCGUGUUCAGCUGUCAGAAUAACAGCCAAUAAAAACUACAGGAGCAAAACCUCUCAGGAAGGUGCUUUAACAAAGAUGCAUGAGGAAGAACACCAUCAACAAAUGUCCAUCUUACAACUGCAGCUGAUACAAAUGAAUGAGGUUCAUGUGGCCAAAAUCCAGCAGAUAGAGCGAGAGUGUGAGAUGGCAGAGGAGGAACACAGGAUAAAAAUGGAAGUGCUCAAUAAAAAGAAGAUGUAUUGGGAAAGAAAGCUACAAACAUUUACCAAGGAAUGGCCUGUCUCUUCAUUUAACCGGCCCUUUCCCAAUUCACCGUGAGACUGCGGGGGUGGCUCACUUGUAAUUCAUGUGUGUUGGCAAAGCAAGUCGGGGCCGUGAACCUGUGGUCAGUAACCUGUACCAGAGCUACAACUAGGAACAUUAGAGCGGUAGUAGUCACUUAUUUAAGAAUGCAUUCAGGUAAAAAGCUGCCCCCUAUGUACCCUUUAAGUGGCAAAGAAGCUGUUUUAGUCUUCUGAAAAUUACGAGUGCUACAAUUCUGAAUGUAAUGUCUCUUCAAUUAGAAUCCAUACAAGAAUCAUGUGUGAGUGCUGUUGUUGUUGUUGUUUUUUAAUCAAAUGCAAGUGUGACUAUGAAGGAGUGUGGCUGAUGUUCUUUUUUAAAUAGCAGAACUUUUUUCUCCAAAUGUCAUGCCAUUGAAAGCAGCUCUUCCGGGAGAGCACACGUUUCUCCGGUGACGGUAUUGCUGCACAGAACUUGCUAGAGAUGUUGAGGGGAACCUCAUGUCCAACUGCAGUUCUCCUCAUUUUUAAUUUCUUUUCUUUUCCUUCCCAGUGUAUUUUGUUUCUGUUUGUAAACAGCCCAACAUUUGGAUGGAUGUUUUAUAACCGGGGCCUGUAAACUGCCUUUAUUUAAGGUCUUUCCCCCAAAGAGGAGUUCCAAAUCAUGUCUCCAACAAUGAUAGCUUUGUUGGGGCUAACGAUGUUACUACUGUGAGGAAAAAAAUGUUCCUUUAGAUUUAUACAUUCUGUUACAUUUGUUUUAUUAAAAA